CAUCGCCGCCAUCAUCAGCAACAACACUUGCCACUCGCCAGACUGCCACUCUGCCAGCCCGUGAUCGCACCUCCUAUCUAGCCCUUUAAAACAUUCCAGAAGAGAGAGAAUAGCAUCACCUGCAGUAUGGUGCAGCUUACGGAGAAAGAGUUCAUCGACAAACUUAGGUUUGAAAAAUAUGAAAGUGAGCAGGUUAAGGCUGAAGAAAGCUUAUGUCUCAUGGAAUGCAUAGUCGCCAGUUCUCGAUGGAAGACAGGGAGUGACCUCCUCAAUCUACUGCGCAACAUAGGAACCUCAGUUCAAGCCAAAAUGCCUUGGGAAACAACACCCUGCAAUAUGGUGCAGCGUGUCAUGAAAAUAGUGAUUGAUGAAUACAAUACAUUGCAUGGAGAAAAUGAAGGUGUGGAGUAUCCAAGCCUCUCUCAGUCCAUGCUGGUUGACCCAGCCUGUGGAGAUCUACCUAAAUGCACUGAGAUUAUUCCAGAGCUGCGUGACAGAGUACUUGAGGCCAUUGCAGAACAGAAAGCUGAAGUUGAACAAAGCCAAGAACUGAUUGCCCUGCAAGGUGAAAGCAAGAUCCAUAAUGAUGAAGUUAUUAUGACGUGUGGGAUGUGUCCAUUAGUUCUCGCCUUCUUGACCAAAGCAGCCAAACAAAGGAAGUUCCAUGUCAUUGUUGCUGAAUGUGCCCCAAAAUAUGAUGGUCAUCCAAUGGCAAAAGCUUUAUGUACUGCUGGAAUCCAAACUACACUAAUUCAAGAUUCUGCUGUCUUCCCGAUGAUGUCCCGCGUCAACAAGGUCAUCAUUGGCACUAAGACAGUUGUUAGCAAUGGAGGCAUCAAGACAUUUGUGGGUGCUGCCUCUCUUGCCUCGGCAGCAAAGUUUUAUUCUGUUCCUCUGUAUGUCUGCACUCCCACUUACAAGUUUAGUUUGAUGAGAUGUGAAGAAAUCUGUCAUGAAAAUAGUACAGACAUUAUUCCCUCUGGAACAAGCUUUGCAUCAUCUGUAAAUAUUGCUUUAGCCAAGCUAGACUAUGUUCCCCCAGAGAAUGUUACCAGCUUCAUAACAAACAACCGAGGCAUUGCACCAUCCUAUGUGUAUCGACAACUCAGUGAACUGUACCAUCCUGCUUCUUAUGAUCUCUAAGGUUAUAUUAAUCUCAUCCAAGUAAGUUUAAUGAUACAAAUGUUCUUUUAUAAGAAAAGUUUCAUACAGUUGCAUAUAUCUUUCAUAUUAUGUUUUUUAUUGUAUUUCAGUCUGAUACAUUCUGUGGAUUUUGAAUUAUUAGCACCUUAAGUGCAUACUGUUAACUUUGGAGGUUUAUUAAUUAUUUUCAGUGAUGUAUUGUAGUAAUAUUAGUCUAUUAGGGGUACUACUUCAAUUUUAUAAAAUGUUGAUAUACUUAGUGUAAAUUAAUGUGUAGUUUGCUUGAUUUUAAUUUAUUGUAGAAAUUGAUAUAAUAAAAACACUGUAGAGUUGAUGACUGCUUAGGUUGCUAUUAUCAUCAUCAUUUCUCCGUUUUUGUUCUCCAAGUUAACACUCACUAUUUCUGCCUUUCCUUCUCCAUAUAGUACUACUGAUUUCACUAAUAACUCCUUUCUCAUCAUUAUCAUCACUCCACCCCCUUUACCUUUCCUAUCCUUCCUCCAUAUAUUGUAGUUAUUAUUAAAUACUAUUUGUGUGUGUGUGUGUGUCAUAAUGGGGCUAUAGUCAAACACGAAGUCAGUUUGGGUGAGGAUAUGAAAUCAGCUUGGGUGGGGCUCACACCUCUCCCCUGCAUUGCCACAUAACUGCCAAUACAUUCUCUCUCUGAUUCACUCUCUUGUGCUCUACUAUCAAGAGAAAGAACUUACAAUGUAAACAGCUAUUUUUUAGAAGAAAAGGCUAAUAGAGACUAUAUUUCCACCUUCAAACAUAGGUUUGACAGCACUGUAGCAAGGGAAUACUGUGGGCAGGCUCUGCCCAAAAGGACUUCAUAGCUGAGUCUGACUAUGUAUAGUAAUGAUUGGUCGUAAACAUUGUAAGGUCUAUUUAGCUAUCUAUAUUUCUGACGCCCUGCUCUCUCACAGGAACUUCCCUCCAGGGGGUGCCCUCCAUCUCUCUCUGUUUUGGCACUCCCACUAAGCAAACUCAAUCCUGCUACAUCCAACUCUCUCACUCCAUUACCUGCUCACCCUAUUGAUCCACUUCACAGAUGGCCUUCCCCUGACCCCCUCCCUCUAAAAUUCACUAGACUGGCAGGAGGUAAAAUGCCCAAUGAAUUGAGGCCCACCACACACUCACACACAGUGCAAGUAUUAUUGCCAAGAUCUUUACAGUGGUUACAACAACCAUUGUAAGGAUCUUGGCAAUAAUGACUGGACCGUGCAUGUAUGUGUGGUGGGCCUCAUUUCAUUGGGCAUUUUACCUUCUGCCAGUCUUGUGUAUUCUAGCUCAGUCUCAUUAGUGAGCAUACAGGAAGGUAGUUGAUAUUAAUGGUGUCACUCAUGUUUAUUUAUUAGGUGUUAUUGAUUUUCAGUAAGUGUUCUUGUUCUAUGUAGUGUUACCACAAAUGUUUGAAAAUGGCAAGUUGAAGAAUUAUAGUUUAAAAGAAAAAGUAUACAGGUUGAGUUAUGGGAGGCUCACCCAUCCUGCGGGUCUCAGCACCACAAUAUGAAAAGAAAUCGACUGUAGUCCACUGAAGGGCAGAGGUACUUCCCGAUGUUCUCCACCUUCCUGUCUGAUGUUAGUAUACUACAUCCUGGUAAAUGCUCUUUCAUCUUCCCAUUUGGUCCUCUGUCCUGACCUUAAAUUCUUGGUUGGUCUCCACCAUUGUUCAUUCACUUAAGGUGGCUCCCCCCAACAGUGGCUUCUUUCCUGGCUGAGCUGGAAAGGAAGCUGAUGGUGGGCAGGGUGCCUAGUGUCUCACCCAACAAACUUAUGAAGUUUUAGAAAAUAUUUAUAUAUCUUUACUUAGCUCACCUGUUACACUUACAAGGGUAAACUUAUAUAAAAAAGAUUUAUAAAACUGAUUCCAUAAUUGCUUUAAAUACUGAUAAAUAAAAAGUGGUUUUGAAAAAAGUUUAGUUGAACAAUCCUUGCUUAAUCCAAUUAUGUUAACAAAAUUAGCCCAUCUUGUGUUACAUAUGAGCUAAGUAAAGAAGUAUGACUAUUUUCUGAAACUAUGUGAUAGUUUUGGGUGGUGAAGUCAGCAGCAUCCUUACCAGUCCAGCCAGUAGCUGGGGAUUCAGCUUUAGUGAAUGGUCUAUAGUAUGUCAAGUGCCCUUGACAAAUACUUGAGUAAUAGCUAUUUAACUAACUAAAGUAUCAGACCUUUUUAAGAUGCUUAUGCUAACUUACAUUAUUGGGGCCUCAGCACAUUUUGUAUGUUAAAAUACACAUUGUACUGUUGUACUGCACACUGUGCAUCACUACUUAAAUAGUAAUAAUAAAGUAGUAUAGAAUUUUAACUAUCAAAUAUACUUAUAAACACUAAUUUUUAUACUUUACCUUCUUUAUUCUGCCUGAACUGCAGUUUCUUUUUGAGCAUGUUUUUGUGGUUUUUAUAGGAAGGAUCUGGAGUGGUACAUUUCUGUUGUUCAUGCUGCAGCAGUCAUAUAUCAAAAUAAAACUAAAAAUUUAUUGUCUUGGUUGCCAAAUGUUGCAUUACCAUCAGGCAUAACCUAGGCCUACAGGAAGUGUACAGAUCAGAUAAGAUGUUUUCUUGUUGAAGGGCUGUGACAGUCUAACAGACUACUCACCCUGGCAGUCUUGUGUGAUGAUGAGGAAACUCUCACAUCAGCUACUGUUAUUGUUUUGGUGUUGGUCUUGGUGCAGCAGUUGCCGACUCCAGGGUGUCAUUUUUAUGUUUUUUCGUGGUUGUGUGGUAAUAAUAGAUUUGUGUUAAAACUGGUAGUAUGAGGUUUAACCACACACUCCCUCUACAAGUUCUGGUCAUCAGCCAGGUGCCGUUAGUCAAGAUGAAGACUCGCAAGUGGUAAACAAACCUUCAGAGCUUACUGAUCACCUUCCAUAUGAUACUGUUGUUACAGUAUGCUAUAAAUGUGUAUUGUAUGAUACACUACCCUCUAUUUCCUGGACCUCAGUUUUUCCGAAGAUUGGAUUUCUCGGACAAAAUCCAGAGUCUAGCAGUUGCUAGGUGGUCACAUGGGCAUGGGACAUACUUGUUUACUAUUAUAUUUACAUGUUAAUUCAAUACAUAUUGGAAUUAACCCCCUCUGUACCACAGCCUCCUGCUGAUGUAAACAAAGCAUUCCUUUGCAGCACCAUAGUUCAUAUGUCUCCCCAUGCCUCAUGCAAGGUUCUUAUCCAGGUGAUCCUGAAGUUACAUUGGGGUUCGGAACCAACAGGCCAAUCAUGUCAAAUUGGUCGUAAGUUAAAAUUUCCAAAAAAAUUUAAAAAUAUUAUUCAAAUGUCCUGCUGUGGAUAGAGCACCGUUCCCACACCUCAUACCCUCUCACUCUACCCUGCCUUGUGCACUCAUGCACUCGCCUCACCUCAGCCUAUGUUCAGUUGACCCUUUAGCAAUGCUAUGCAGUGUUAUGAAAUUGAGCUAACAAGUUUUGCCAAAAUAGUGGCAGUAGCCAAAUGCCCGCCAGAUUAUUUGUAGGGGGUUGUGAUGAUGGGGGCGGUGCAAUAUUUGUAAAUAAAGGACAUGUCGUAAUUCUAUGAGUGGCCAGUGUCACCUCUUCCGCAUCCUCUUAUCUUAUGUGAAUGUUUCGUUCAACUAUGAUUGUUGUUUCUGGUAAAUGGUAGAAUGGCUGCUACAGAAAUAUAAUGAGGGAGCUGUUGUUGUGUGGAGCCUUUUUGGUUGCAUUCAGCUGAUCGACUUGCUGGUUUGCCUUAUCCCCUCCCCUCCCCACCUGUGGGGAAUUGCAGGGGCUAACAGGUGAAUCAACCACACUUGAGACGUGUAUAUAAUGGAGUUAACUAGGUAGACUUACUCCCCCCUCGCUUGUCUUACGUGCUAGUCAACUGGUAUCUGACUGAUCUUUUAGUAUGCUUGUAUAGCAGACUGUAGGCCUCUAAACUGGUAGAGUAGUGAUUGCUGACUGUAACAUGAGUAGUACAGCUUGAGUUUUCCAAGGGCAACUGAGGUGGGAUAUUUGAAAUGUCAACUCAUUAUAUUUAAUCAAUUAUUACUAAUAUUAUUUUCCUGGUCAUAAGUGUGAGUGGUCAUAAAUCGCAUGCAUCGUAACUGAAGGACUACAUGUAUUUAGUUUUGACACCACCAUUUACUUCAUGUCAGAUAUAUCCUGUUACAUUUAUCCACUUCCUACCCCUAAAUCUCUGGAUGAUUCAUGGGAUUGUCAUGAAAAUGAUGAGCAGCACAAAUGUUGGUCCCAGCACAGUGAUGAAAUAAUGCCACUGUCAAAGAAAAUUUUGAAAUAUUCAAGAACUGACAUUAGAUCGUUUCAUGGUGUGCAAUAAUCCCAGGAUUCACAUCAGUAAAUUCUUAUUCCAAGAAAGGAAGCACAUUUGGUUGUUUUAUCAGAAAACAGGCCAGAAAAGAGAGAAGUGACAGAGUGGGGUCCAGGGAGGGUGGCCCAGAAGGUGAGUCAUCGUAGGACUGCUCUUAUUCACUUGCUGACAGUUCAUCUGCAUUGGUAACCGCUAGUUUCACUGCCCUCCACCUCUUUUUCAGAUUCAUAAUCUGGGUCAUACUCAUCUGGAGUGAGUUCUAAUACAUGUAGUCCUUGAGUUACAACAUGUACACGUUACAACCUCUCGCAUUUACAACUAGGCCAAUAAUAUUAGUAAUAUUUGGUUAAGUAAUAAAUUGACAUUUCAAAUAUGCCACAUUGGGUAGAGCAGCUGCUUUUUUACAUGAUGUACCUGCGGCUCCUUCUACCCCACUGCUGGCUGUAUCCCAGCUCCUAUUAGUUUAGGAAAUCAAGGGUCAAGUGUACAACUGUACAUAUAUCUUAAUGUGGUGCUGGUCCAGUGGUAUAUGGUAGACAUAUACUGCAAGUCAUGAAGCAACAAAUACAAAAUAUCUUUGUAAAAUUAAUUCAGGUCAGAAUAUUAUUAUUAUUCUCGUCAGAAUAGAUCACUUGAAAGUGGUGUGUCUUUGAUGCCGACAAAUACAGUACCCAAAUCUAGCAAUUCACCCUUUAGAGAAUAAUUACAUAUACAGUAAACCCUCGCUUUCAUGAACCUCUAUAUAAUGAAUUCCAGCUUUAACAAACUUUUUUGGUCUGUCCGCUAUAUGCAGGGAUUUACCAAAAAGUUUGGGUUCAGUUAAGUGGCUGGCCAGCCAAACGUAUACACGCAAGUGGUGGAAACAAAGCCAAGUUGGUAUGCGUGUCUAGUCAGUCUACUUUUGUCCUCCCAACUGAAAACACCUCCGCUCUCGUCUUUCUUGCCUCACCUCUCAAUUAAUAUAACAAACAAAUGGUCGGAAAUAGUGAACUUUCAGCUUGUGUAAUGAACUUUGUUCAUUAUAUGCAAAAAUUUAGAUCCCUUGGAUAUAAUGGAUUUUCAAAAAUAACAACCCCCUUCCCUCCAAAUUGUUUGUUAAACUGAGAGUUUAAUAUAUUGUCUUGCAUCCAGCAUCCUAAGUAAUAUUUUAUCUUAUCAAUUUUAACAUAUGGCUAAGGAAAAGCUAAGUGUGUGCCUUUGGAUUCAGAUGCACAUUUUAAUGUAGCACAUGGUACAGGCUCAAUUUGUGUAGUUUUGGAAAGUGUAGAAUGAGUAAUGAAUAAAAAAAAAAAAAAAAAAAAAAAA